GGAAGGAGAGUUGUAUGGCAUUGAAGCUCGCCUGGAGGGUUGUUAACACAGUGUCAAAAGAAGGGCCAGAAGUAUACAGAAUAGUGUCGUCUGCGUAGAGGUGGAUCAGAGAAUCACCAGCAGCAAGAGCGACAUCAUUGAUGUAUACAGAGAAGAGAGUCGGUCCAAGAAUUGAACCCUGUGGCACCCCCAUAGAGACUGCCAGAGGCCCGGACAACAGACCCUCCGAUUUGACACACUGAACUCGAUCAGAGAAGUAGUUGGUGAACCAGGCGAGGCAAUCAUUAGAGAAACCAAGGCUGUCGAGUCUGCCGAUGAGGAUGUGGUGAUUGCCAGAGUCAAAAGCCUUGGCCAGGUCAAUGAAUACGGCUGCACAGUAUUGUUUCCUAUCGAUGGCGGUUAAGAUAUCGUUUAUGACCUUGAGCGUGGCUGAGGUGCACCCAUGACCAGCUCUGAAACCAGAUUGCAUAGCGGAGAAGGUAUGGUGGGAUUCGAAAUGGUCGGUAAUCUGUUUGUUGACUUGGCUUUCGAAGACCUUAGAAAGGCAGGGUAGAAUAUAUAUAGGUCUGUAGCAGUUUGGGUCAAGAGUGUCCCCCCCUUUGAAGAGGGGGAUAACCGCAGCUGCUUUCCAAUCUUUGGGAAUCUCAGACGACACGAAAGAGAGGUUGAAGAGGCUGGUAAUAGGGGUGGCAACAAUUUCAGCAGAUAGUUUUAGAAAGAAAGGGUCCAGAUUAUCUAGCCCGGCUGAUUUGUAAGGGUCCAGAUUUUGCAGCUCUUUUAGAACAUCAGCUGACUGUAUUUGGGAGAAAGAGAAAUGGGGAAGGCUUGGGCGAGUAGCAGAGGGGAGGGCAGUGCUGUUGUCCGGGUUUAGGGGUAGCCAGGUGGAAAGCAUGGCCAGCCGUAGAAAAAUGCCUAUUGAAAUUCUCAAUUAUAGUGGAUUUGUCGGUGGUGACAGUGUUAACUAUCUUCAGAGCAGUUGGAAGCUGGGAGGAGGUGUUCUUAUUCUCCAUGGACUUUACAGUGUCCCAGAACUUUUUUGAAUUUGUGUUGCAGGAAGCAAAUUUCUGCUUGAAAAAGCUAGCCUUGGCUUUUCUAACUGCCUGUGUAUAUUGGUUUCUGGCUUCCCUGAAAAGUUGCAUAUCACGGGGGCUGUUCGAUGCUAAUGCAGAACGCCAUAGGAUGUUUUUCUGUUGGUUAAGGGCAGUCAGGUCAGGAGAGAACCAAGGGCUAUAUCUGUUCCUGGUUCUAAAUUUCUUGAAAGGAGCAUGCUUAUUCAAGAUGGUGAGGAAGGCAUUUUUUUAAAAUGACCAGGCAUCCUCUACUGACGGGAUGAGAUCAAUAUCCUUCCAGGAUACCUCGGCCAGGUCGAUUAGAAAAUACAGGAGAAGAUCCUACCAGGUCUUACCUAGUGUGCAUAGACAGAUUCAAUACUACGGGUUAUGUAUGCCCGCAGGCCUCUUGCCUAAACACUCCCAAGGUGCCUUCCCCUUCCACUCUGGGAACAAAUGAAACAGAAUAAUCCAAACUUAGUGAACAAUUUCAAUAAACCAAAAACACUCAGUCCUAUGGCAUACACAUACCUCUGCAGGAGAGGCUACAAAAUACUUUCAACAACUUUUACAGACCAACAGCCAUCACAGGACGCCAUUUCCUGAAACACACACAAACCCACAACAACACAAACUUAACAUUUGCCUUGCAUUUCAAUCUACACAUGAAUAUGGGUCUGCAAUGUAUUGCAAUGUUAGGUAGGCUAUUCAAUUUCCUUGGCAUUCUGCAAGCAUGAAUACUUUACAAUAAUGGAAGAUAUGCAUUGUGUUAAUCUUACUAUUUGUCCAUGUAUUGAAUGAUACACAGCUUUCCAUAAAUGCAGUGUGGACUUUUUACAGAUGAAACCCCUUCCAUUAUGACACUCCCUUCCUGUAUCUGUCAUAAAGGCCUAUGCAUUCUUUGUCCUUUAGUUACACAACUAAAUCUAGUAUCUGUCACGUACCUUUCAUGCUGUAGAUCUGUUCUCAUGGUGCUGAGAAUGCUUAGUACUGUAUCUGUCACUUAUGUAUUCUCUGUAUGUAUUAGGUAUGAACCCUUGGACAUACAGGUACCUCCAGCGCUCCCUCCUGCCUCACGUUCGGCCCCUGUCCCUGGUGAUCUACCCCAGGCCCCCUUGUAUCCACCCCAGGCUUCUGAACUUGCCCCCGUGGGGUGAAGACCAGAAGAGGGUGAUGUCCUUCCUGCCUCUCUCUCUCUCUCCCUUAAAUGCAGCUGGUGAUUCCAGAGAGCCGGCGGGCAUCUCUCAACAAGAAGCAGCAGUGGAUUUACCAGACGCUGUUUACCAGGAGCCUCCUACAGAGCUCACAGUUCAUCGCUGUCCUUUCCCUGGUGGGGUGAAGACCAGAAGAGGGUGAUGUCCUUCCUGCCUCAGAAUGUGCUGGGAACGAGGGCCGCUACAAGCCGAUCUGCCAGAAGUACAAAAACAUCUACAGGUUUGCAACUCUCUACGACACGACCAACAGGAUCCCUGUGUUCUCAGCCUACACCUUCACUGGUAAUAUAACGGGUCGACCAGAUGAUCCCUGGAUGAUAGAGCCCCAGCUCGACGGGGAGAAAAACAUAAACCGCACUGAAAUGCAGAUACAAGAGGGAGGCAUAUACGAACACCAGGCUGAGCAAAAUGACUAUAAAAUCUCAGAAUAUAAAGUGAACAAAGGUCACCUUUUCCCAAGUUCACAUGCUCAUGACCUUGAUACUCAGAAGUCCACCUUUACCCUGACCAACAUCGUUCCCCAGGACAUCACCUUCAACAAUGGCAGCUGGAAAGAAAUGGAGAGAAAUGUCAGAGGAACUCUUGUGGAGAACUGUAAGGAUGCUAACGACCAGAUAAAAGCCUAUGUGGUGACUGGAGCAGUUCCCAACAACAACAAAACCAAACUGAACAACCGAGUGAACAUCCCGUAUCUCAUGUGGACAGCCUACUGCUGUGAAAACAAGAAGUACAAGAAGAACAAGAAGUGGAUGGCCGGAGCAUACUGGGGGUUGAACAAGGAGGGGACGGGGGCAUUGGAUCAACAAACCUUGGGAGCACUCGAAGACAUGUUGAACAAACAUUACAAAGGUAAAGAUGGUCUUGUCAAGGUGUUCCCAAAAGAUUGUCCAAGAGGUCCUUAACCUACCACUUCCUCCUAACCCAGUUGGAAGAAUUCCUUCCGUAGUGAGGAAUCUUUACAAUUCCAUGAGAAAUAGUUCUGGAAGGUUCUUUGGAUGAUCUGGGUACAGAUGCUCACACCAUAUCAACAAACUAUCAUUACUGUUAGACUAAUGAUUAUCAGGGUUAUAAUGGUAAUGAGGGUUGUAAUGGUAACGAGGGUUAUAAUGGUAGUGAGGGUUACAAUGGUUACAUGUCAACAUAUGUACACUUUCAAUUGUAAUACUUUUCUCUUCUAUGUCUAUAUAUAUCUAUAGUCUAUUGUCUUCUCUUCCCUCUGUCCAUCUCUUCUAUGUCUAUAUAUCUAUAGUCUAUACUCUUCUCUCCCCUCUCUGUCCAUCUCUUCUAUGUCUAUAUAUAUCUAUAUUCUAUACUCUUCUCUCCACUCUCUACCCAUCUCUUCUAUGUCUAUAUAUAUCUAUAUUCUAUACUCUUCUCUUCCCUCUGUCCAUCUCUUCUCUGUUUAUAUCAAAUAUAAAAAGUAUGUAAGGGGCCAGAAUUCUAUUUUAAUAAAUAAAAUACAGUUUAAUUCCUUGA